AUGCUUGCAGAGGGCAGGGAAACGCCGGUCGCCAUAGUGGUUGAUAGAAACAGUGGACAUGGAGAUGAGCCAUGCCCGCGCAGCUCAGUCAAUUUGAUUGACCACAGUCGGCGACACCGAACUGCCUUUACCCGGGAACAACUGUCCCGCCUGGAGCAAGAAUACCUCAAGGAGAGCUAUGUUUCUCGACCGAGGAGAUGUGAACUGGCGACAGCACUGAACCUCCCCGAAACCACAAUCAAGGUAUGGUUCCAAAACAGGCGAAUGAAGGACAAGAGGCAGCGGCACUCUCUCAGCUGGCCACACCCCCUGGACCCCAACCUGUGUGCCCUUAUGGUGAGCCAGGCUGCAGCAGGCCUACCUUACCCCUUUCUCCCCCACCUCCCCCUGCACCUCUACUCUCACCUCGGGGUGGGGGCAGGUGCCCCCUCCAUUCCCAGCCCCUUCACUGCACCCCUCAGGCCACUGGAUCCCCUGCGCCUCUCUCACUCCCCCUACCCCAGGCAGGGUGGUCUACCCCCAACAGCUCUCUACCCACAUUCCAAUGUGAUGCACAAUCCCGCCACUUGCCCCUGCCCCCUCUGCCUCCACUGGGGAUCAGACCAACUGUUCAAAGCCAGAGGGCUGACCGCGAUUGGCCUGAAUCGACCACGCAGUCCCAAAACGAUGGCUACCAGUCUGGACAGGAGGGAAGAAGUGCCUUUGCCCAGAUGA